AUGGAUUUUUUCUUUACUUUUUUCUUUUAUUACCGUUUUCCUUCCUUUUCGUUACUUUUUCAGCGUUUUCUUUCCGUUUUUCUUUGUUCGGUCAUUUCCUUUUUUUCUUUCUGGCUGUUUUCUUUCAUUUCUAUUUGUUCCCAUUUUUCUUCUUUCCGAUUUUGCUGUUUUUUCUUUUCUAUAUUUUCAGAUUUACUGUUUUUCUUCUUUUUACUUCCCAUUCCUAUCGCUUUCUUUCAUUCUAUUGAAUGUACUACAGAAGAUAUUUCCUCGAAGAACUGUAUAUACCUUCUUUCUCCAGAUAUACUUUAUCGCCCACGCGGAGAUUAUCUCCGUUUCACUCUCAUCUCUCUCUCUCUCUCUCUCUCUUUCUCUCUCUCUCUCACCCACUCUAGCCUCUCACUCUCAAUUUCCUUCCAUCUCCCUCCCUCCAUCUCCCCCCUCAUUCUCCCUUCCAUCUCACUACCCUCCAUCACUCUCUUCACUCUCUCUCUCUCCCCAUCUCUCUCCUCUCCCUCCAUCUAUCUCACACACUCUCCCUCUAUCUAUCUCACAUUCUCCAUCCAUCUCUUUCACUCUAUCUCUCUCUCCAUCUCUAUCCAUCUCUCUCCCCCUUCCUGUCUUUUUCUCCCUACCUCACUCUAUCUCUCUCCCUCUUUCUCUCCCUCCAUCCAUCUCUCUCUCUCUAACUCUUUCUCCACCACCCUCCAUCCCUCCAUCUCUCUCUCUCUCUUUCUCUCUCUCAUUGUUUUUUUAUAA